AUGCCAUGGUCAUCAGAAUUACCGACGGGUAAUUUUAGUCCGACGAAUUUAACACCAUCAUCAACUACCUCAUCAUCAUGGCUACCAAUAUAUCCCGAUUAUCAACAAAUCAAUGUUGAAAAACGAUCUGAAUGGUUAAAAAUUUUCGGUGAAUUAAUCAAUUUUCGUUUGGAUUUUCUUUACAACGAUGAUGAUUCAACAUGGUUAAAUCAAAAUGAUCAUCAACAAACAUCAUUAAGCGGAUUAACACCGAAUUUACCACAAAAAGGCUCAAAAUCAUCUCAUAAAUCCGUACAGAAUCAAUUAAAUUACUUAUUCCAUUAUAUUGAUCAUACGAUAAUCGUUUUGGAACAAUAUUUUGAUCGUCAAAUUAAUACUAAAUUAUCAUCAAAGGAUCGUAUUCGUUAUCGUUAUGUUUUAUUCGCUAAUCUUGGUAAUCAAACGGUUAUUAAAGAUUUUUCGGAUAAAUUUCGAUUUUCUCGUACACAAUUAGCAACAAAUAUUAAUCGUACACAGGAAUUUUUAAUUAUGAAUGCAUUACGUUUAGAUCCAGGUGAAGCAUUAAUUGUUACUGUUGAAUAAAAAAAAAAUUAACCCUUAACACUCCCGUCGGAGUGCAAAGGGUUGAAUGAUGAUUAUUAUGAUUUGUAAAUUCACACCGUCCAUAAGGUUCUGAAU